GUCGCCAUCUUGCCCCUUCUGAGGCACCGCAAACAAACCCAAUUCCUGGUGUCCCUUAGUCUUGGCGGAGGAGCCUUUUAGAUGAGCCCCGAAAGGCCGGGCAGGGAAGACAAGCUCUUUGGGGCUACUAAACAGAAGCAGCAAUGCCUGUUGUGUGGCCAACCCUUUUGGAUCUCAGCAGAGAUGAAUGCAAAAGGAUUCUUCGAAAAUUGGAAUUGGAGGCAUAUGCUGGAGUUAUCAGUGCACUUCGGGCACAGGGAGAUCUCACCAAGGAAAAGAAAGAUCUUCUUGGAGAACUCUCAAAAGUUCUUAGCAUCUCAACAGAACGCCACCGUGCUGAAGUUCGGAGAGCAGUAAACGAUGAACGGUUAACAACAAUUGCACAUAAAAUGAAUUUAUCCUUAUAUUUGGGUGAAAGACCAAGUUACAGUAUGUCUGGACCUAAUAGCUCUUCAGAAUGGUCCAUUGAAGGUCGUCGAUUGGUACCGUUGAUGCCCCGGCUUGUUCCCCAAACAGCCUUCACUGUAACAGCUAAUGCUGUUGCCAAUGCAGCUAUUCAGCAUAAUGCAUCUCUUCCAGUGCCUGCAGAAACAGGAAGCAAGGAAGUAGUGGUUUGCUAUUCCUACACAAGUACCACGUCAACCCCAACCUCUACCCCUGUUCCAAGUGGCAGCAUAGCAACGGUUAAGUCUCCAAGACCUGCCAGUCCUGCCUCCAAUGUAGUUGUCUUGCCAAGUGGAAGUACUGUUUAUGUCAAAAGUGUUAGCUGUUCAGAUGAAGAUGAAAAACCCAGAAAACGAAGGCGAACAAACUCUUCUAGCUCCUCACCUGUUGUCCUAAAGGAAGUUCCAAAGGCUGUUGUUCCAGUUUCAAAGACGAUCACUGUGCCUGUGAGUGGUAGUCCCAAGAUGAGCAACAUCAUGCAGAGCAUUGCCAAUUCCUUACCACCCCACAUGUCUCCUGUGAAAAUAACCUUCACCAAACCAUCAACACAGACGACAAACACAACAACACAGAAGGUUAUUAUAGUGACCACAUCACCAAGUUCAACCUUCGUGCCCAACAUUCUCUCCAAAUCCCAUAACUAUGCAGCAGUUACUAAGCUUGUACCAACGUCAGUCAUUGCUUCCACAACCCAGAAGCCACCAGUGGUUAUAACUGCUUCACAAGCCUCUCUGGUCAGUAGUAGCAGCAGUGGCAGCAGCAGUUCUACACCAUCACCUAUUCCUAAUACAGUUGCGGUAACAGCUGUGGUAUCCUCUACACCAUCUGUGGUCAUGUCCACAGUAGCACAAGGUGUAUCUACAUCAGCAAUCAAAAUGGCAUCAACCAGACUUCCUUCCCCCAAGAGCUUAGUAGGUGCCCCAACUCAGAUUCUUGCACAGUUUCCUAAACAGCAUCAACAGUCUCCUAAGCAGCAGUUACAUCAAGUGCAACAACAGACACAGCAACAAGUGGCCCAGCCUUCUCCAGUAUCUCAUCAGCAACAACUUCAGCAGUCUCCUUUGCCACCUGGUAUCAAACCUACCAUCCAAAUCAAACAGGAGUCAGGUGUUAAAAUCAUCACACAACAGGUUCAACCAAGUAAAAUCUUACCCAAACCAGUGACAGCAACUCUACCCACCAGUAGUAAUUCUCCUAUUAUGGUGGUUAGCAGUAAUGGUGCGAUUAUGACAACUAAACUGGUAACCACUCCUACUGGCACACAAGCAACCUAUACCCGGCCAACAGUGAGUCCGUCUAUAGGUCGGAUGGCUGCAACCCCUGGAGCUGCAACCUAUGUGAAAACUACCAGUGGUAGCAUCAUUACUGUAGUACCGAAAUCAUUAGCUACCUUAGGGGGCAAGAUAAUUAGCAGUAAUAUAGUUUCUGGAACGACUACCAAAAUCACUACAAUCCCAAUGACUUCCAAGCCCAAUGUGAUUGUUGUGCAAAAGACUACAGGAAAAGGAACGACCAUUCAAGGCCUCCCAGGCAAAAAUGUUGUCACAACAUUGCUAAAUGCUGGAGGAGAAAAGACUAUUCAGACAGUGCCAACAGGAGCAAAGCCAGCUAUCAUCACUGCUACAAGACCCAUCACCAAAAUGAUUGUAACUCAGCCAAAAGGAAUAGGUUCCACAGUUCAACCAGCAGCUAAAAUCAUCCCAACAAAAAUUGUUUAUGGUCAGCAAGGGAAAACACAGGUUCUUAUUAAACCCAAACCAGUGACAUUUCAAGCCACAGUUGUUAGCGAACAAACAAGACAGCUGGUAACAGAAACAUUACAGCAAGCAUCCAGGGUAACAGAGGCUGGUAAUUCAUCUAUUCAGGAAGGAAAAGAUGAACCACAGAGUUAUACAGAUAGUAGUUCCUCUUCUACGGAGUCCUCCCAAAGUUCCCAAGAUUCCCAGCCUGUAGUUCAUGUAAUUGCUUCCCGGCGUCAGGAUUGGUCAGAACAUGAGAUUGCAAUGGAGACUAGCCCCACCAUAAUUUAUCAGGAUGUAUCCAGUGAAUCACAAUCAGCUACUUCAACAAUCAAAGCUCUAUUAGAACUCCAACAGACAACAGUAAAGGAAAAAUUGGAAUCUAAACCAAGACAACCCACUAUUGACUUGAGUCAAAUGGCAGUGCCUAUUCAGAUGACCCAGGAAAAGAGACAUUCUCCUGAGAGCCCAUCAAUUGCUGUGGUAGAGUCAGAACUAGUUGCUGAAUACAUCACUACUGAACACACUGAUGAGGGGACAGAGGUUGCUUUUCCCCUUCUAGUCAGCCAUCGCUCCCAGCCCCAACAACCCUCCCAGCCCCAGCGGACCCUGCUCCAACAUGUAGCUCAGUCACAGACUGCAACACAGACUUCGGUGGUGGUGAAGUCCAUCCCAGCAUCUUCCCCUGGGGCAAUCACCCACAUUAUGCAGCAGGCAUUAAGCAGUCACACUGCUUUUACCAAACACAGCGAGGAACUUGGAACUGAGGAGGGCGAGGUUGAAGAGAUGGACACUUUAGACCCUCAGACAGGUCUGUUUUACCGAUCUGCUCUGACUCAGUCACAGUCAGCUAAGCAGCAGAAACUUAGCCAGCCCCAGCUGGAACAGCCUCAGCUGCAAGUGAAAACUCUGCAGUGCUUCCAGACUAAACAGAAGCAGACCAUCCACCUACAGGCAGACCAGCUCCAGCACAAACUCCCGCAAAUGCCCCAGCUUUCCAUCAGGCAUCAAAAACUCACCCCUCUCCAGCAAGAACAAGCACAGCCUAAGCCAGAUGUACAGCACACACAGCAUCCCAUGGUGGCCAAAGACAGGCAGCUUCCUACCUUAAUGGCACAGCCCCCACAAACUGUAGUACAGGUGCUUGCAGUGAAAACCACGCAGCAGCUCCCUAAACUGCAGCAGGCUCCGAACCAACCAAAAAUCUACGUGCAACCCCAAACCCCCCAGAGCCAAAUGUCGCUCCCAGCCUCGUCAGAGAAACAGCCGGCAAGCCAGGUGGAGCAGCCAAUUAUAACCCAAGGAUCCACUGUUACAAAGAUAACUUUUGAGGGGCGCCAGCCUCCCACAGUUACAAAGAUAACUGGUGGCAGUUCUGUGCCUAAGCUGACAUCACCAGUUACAAGCAUAUCUCCCAUUCAGGCCUCUGAGAAGACAGCAGUAUCAGACAUUUUGAAAAUGUCUUUGAUGGAAGCUCAGAUUGAUACAAAUGUAGAGCAUAUGGUAGUGGAUCCCCCAAAGAAGGCUCUUGCCACUAGUAUGCUCACUGGUGAUGCAGGAUCAUUACCUUCCACUCACAUGGUGGUGGCAGGGAUGACGAAUUCCACUCCCCAGCAACAGAAAUGUAGAGAGUCCUGUUCAAGUCCAUCUGCUGUUGGCCCUCCCCUAACGACAAGGAAAAUCGAUGCACCAGGAGUGCCUACGGCAGGCCAGUUCAUGCGUAUUCAGAAUGUAGGCCAAAAGAAAGUCGAAGAGAGCCCAGCAGAAAUUAUCAUCCAGGCCAUUCCCCAGUAUGCUAUUCCGUGUCACUCUGGCUCCAAUGUGGUAGUGGAGCCCAGUGGGCUUCUUGAGCUAAACAACUUCACCAGUCAGCAGCUGGAUGAUGAUGAGACAGCAAUGGAGCAGGACGUAGACAGCAGCACGGAGGACGGAACUGAGCUGAGCCCCUCUCAAAGUUCUGCUGAACGGUCCUAAUGUUUUGGACACAGUAGUGCACUUUAAAACCUGAUUGGUUACCAAGUGUCCAGGGAAAACCUUGUAUUUUGAUGUCUAAAAAGAGCACUUUGCCCAUACUUAGGCUGUAGACCCUGAAACAGCAGUGUUUCAACAAGAUAUUGCUGCAGGAGCAGCAUUUUAAAACAGGUUAAAACUCACAGGGGAACGUACUUUUAAAAAAAAAAGGAAAAAGAAGUAGAUGCCCAUCUACAAUGACUUCUUAUAAGACCUGAUAUUCUUUCUCUGUUGGACCAUAGCUGAUGGAAAAGUUUUGUCUUGCAGUAGAAAGAGAAUUUUCCUGUGAAUGUUCCUCAGCUGGUUUCUACUGAGCAAAGUACCGUCUAAAAAGGAGAAUGUGAAUAGUUUGUAUUUUGAAAUGAUGUGUCAGGAACAGUUUUUUAAAAAUCUUGUAUGUUUUUGCAAAUCCUCAGAAGUGUUGAAUUGGUUAACAUUUUACAUUUGCUCAGUUCAUAAUUAGUUUAUAAAUAUCUAGAAAAAUACUCGCAUUAAAGAAUCCUUGCUGGAUGGUAGGAGUCGGAUCCCUAACCAGUGGGAAGUGCUUUUGGGGUGGCUUGUACAUUCUCAGCAGUUGUUUGCUAAUUUAUUGUGGUGUUGUUCCUUUGUGCUCUGGGCAGCAUACUUGCCUUCUAUUUAUUUAAGCGUUAACAUUUCAAAGCAGGCCAUAUUCCUUCUUACAGAUUUUCUUGUAAACCAGGAUUGCCUACUCUUUCCCCCUCCCUGUCCCCCCCCCCCACCCCCCACCCCCCGCUUUAAGAAAACUUACUAGAAAAUAUUUCAUUGUGAAGCAGAGGAAAAGAAACAUUUUCUGGCCCAAAGGAAGUAUUCAGUUAUGUUAAGGAAAACAAAUUAUUCUUUCAUAUGAUGCUUUCUUAGCAUUGAAAUUGCACAUUCAUGUUGGACUGAGACUUUGAAAAUAACUUUUACAUACUUUUGUUUAAGCCACUUUGAAAUGUACAAAAAAGUUCAUUUACAGUUCUAAAUGUAACAUUUUUAAAGCAUUCUACCUUUUUAGGACACAGUUUGUUUAAACAAUAUGUUUUCGUCUUGUGAUCGCUGUCACAAGUGGAGUGAGGGUAAGAGGGUGGGAGGGUAAGAAUCAGUUUUGGCAAGUUGUGGCAAAGGAAACUAUACUUUUCACUUUUAAAAAAUGUAAAUAGAAAAAUUUUUAACGGUUUUAUAUAGAUUUCACUAUAAACAAGCAUUUUAAGACUGACACAUGUUGAACUGUACAUACAUAUAUCAGCAUAACUGCCCAAUUUUUUGGUGCUGAAGUACUGUAAGUAGAAUUCAUCAAGGCUCCUAAUUUUUGCAUCUACAUCUGGAAAAAAAUGCUGUGAUACUAUAAUUAAUAAAUUCCCUCUAGAGUGACAUUAAAGAUUUAAACACAAGCAUUCAUAAGAUAACACUGAUCUCUGGUGGUUGUCAAUAUUUCUACUAGUGAUAAAGACUUACCCGUAGAUGGAGCUAUUGGAUAUUAUUUUAUUGUACAAAUUCAUGUUUUAAAAAGCUUGGUGACUUUGUUUCUAGUUAAGUAAUUUUUUAACCUCUCUUCGGUCAUAGACUACUUUGAAAAUUUGAUUAAACUAUGAACUCUCUCACCAAAAAGAUAUACAUGCCAAUAUACAUGUUAGACUUUGCAUAUAAUUUUAGGGGUUCAUGGGCCCCUAAGCCUCUCCAUGUAUUCCAGGCUAAGCCCUGUGUUAUGGUCAAUCUGUUACUGACAGCCGUAAGUUUUUAUAAAACGAAGUAUCUUUUAAAUAUUCAUGGGUCAGGUAAUAAGAGCUAACUUGAAUAAAGUUAUGUUCUGCAUAUUCUGGCAGUAUAGCAUACCUGUGUCCCUUUAAGAAUUUAGCCUUAAUAUGUUUCAACAAUUAGAAUGGCAAAUGAAACUGCCAUUGUCUAUGUUUUUGUUUUUGUUUCAAAAAAAUAUAUUAACAAAUUAUCAAGUGA